GGGGAUGCGGACGGGGGAAGAUGGCGGCCUCGAACAACCCGCGGAAAUUCAGCGAGAAGAUCGCGCUGCACAACCAGAAGCAGGCGGAGGAGACGGCGGCUUUCGAGGAGGUGAUGAAGGACCUGAGCCUGACCCGGGCCCACAGGUUACAGCUACAGAAAACACAGUAUUUGCAGUUGGGACAGAGUCGUGGCCAGUACUAUGGAGGGUCACUGCCAAAUGUGAAUCAGAUUGGGAACAGUACCAUGGACCUGCCUUUCCAGACUCCUUUUCAGUCAUCUGGACUGGAUACAAGUAGGACAACUCGGCAUCAUGGUCUGGUGGACAGAGUGUAUCGUGACAGAAACCGCCUUGGGUCACCGCACCGGCGUCCGCUGUCCGUAGAUAAACACGGAAGGCAGGUGGACAGUUGUCCGUAUGGCACUGUGUAUCUGUCGCCUCCAUCGGAUACAAGCUGGAGAAGGACCAAUUCAGAUUCUGCCUUGCAUCAAAGUACAAUGACCCCAACUCAACAAGAGUCCUUUUCAGGAGGGUCACAAGACAUGCAGCAAAAAAGAGUCUUAUUAUUGACUGUCCCUGGAAUGGAGGAAAGCACAUCUGAAGCAGACAAAGCCCUCUCUAAACAAGCAUGGGACACUAAAAAGACAGGGUCAUCGAGGCCUAAAUCAUGUGAAGUUCCAGGAAUCAACAUCUUUCCAUCAGCUGACCAGGAAAACACUACAACACUGAUUCCGGCUGCACAUAACACAGGUGGCUCUCUGCCAGACCUGACAAACAUCCAUUUCCCUUCUCCUCUCCCAACACCACUAGAUCCUGAGGAAUCCACGUUCCCAUCCCUGAGUAGCUCCAAUAGCACUGGAAAUCUUGCAGCCAACUUGACUCACUUGGGCAUCAGCACUGCCAGUCAGGGAAUGACGACGCAAGCCUCAUCCCGGCAGCCAGCUGUCAGUCCCCUCUCACUGAAUGCAGACUCCAGACGACCACAGUCCCAACAGAUGUCUCCUACACUCUCACCUCUGUCACCAAUUACUCAGGCUGUGGCUAUGGAUGCAUUGUCUUUGGAACAGCAGCUUCCACCAUAUCAGUUUUUUACCCAGGCUAGUUCCCAGCAACAGCAACAGACCCAAGUGGCAAGUAGUCUGCCUCAGAAUACCCCUUUAAUGCAGACUUCUGGCUUACAGCGAGGAGCACAGCUUCCCCCUCUCUCAGUCACGGUACCAUCUACCAUCCCACAGUCACCUCCAGGCAGCCAGACCCAACCUUCCAUGGGCAUAGACAUCAACUCGGCUUCACUCCAGCAGUACCGCAGUAAUGCUGGAUCCCCAGCCAACCAGUCUCCCACCUCUCCUGUCUCCAAUCAAGGCUUCUCUCCUGGCAGCUCCCCUCAACAUUCUUCCAUUCUGGGGAGUGUAUUUGGUGACUCCUAUUAUGAUCAGCAGAUGACAGCUAGGCAGGCUAAUGCCCUAUCCCAUCAGCUUGAACAGUUUAAUAUGAUAGAAAACGCCAUUAGUUCCAACAGCCUGUACAGCCCCUGCUCCACCCUUAACUACUCCCAGGCAGCCAUGAUGGGACUUACUGGGAGCCAUGGCAACUUGCAGGACUCGCAACAGCUGAACUACUCCAGCCAUGGAAACAUCCCCAACAUCAUCCUCACAGUGACAGGAGAAUCUCCUCCCAGCUUAUCAAAGGAACUGACCAGCUCUUUGGCAGGUGUUGGAGAUGUCAGCUUUGAUUCGGAUUCCCAAUUCCCUCUGGAUGAACUCAAAAUUGACCCUUUAACCUUGGAUGGACUGCACAUGCUUAAUGACCCAGAUAUGGUCCUCACCGAUCCUGCCACAGAGGACACUUUCAGGAUGGACCGGCUGUAGACUGAGGACACCAUGAGCCUGGGAAUAAAAUUAGUUCCUGGAGCCCAGCUGAACUGAAGAGUCCAAUGGGUUUGUUUCCUUGACUGUUGUCCAGCACCCACUGCCUGUUCGUAUGCCCUGAGCAAACUCGUGUACUUGGCAAAGCAGGAAAGCGGCCUGUCAGCCCAGUGGGCUCUCGGUAGCCGGUUAUCCAAAAAAACAACUGUAAACACUAUUUCCAGAGCCUUUUUCUUGUUUAAAAUUUCUGAGCACACAAAAAAGUACUAUAAUUCAUUACCUGGGUUACUGGCCUACUGUAUAGGGGGAAGAAGAUGUAGACGUGAUGGAUCUUGAUUUCACUAAAGUUUCUUGACAGAUUCCCACAUGAUGUUCUCAUAAGCAAAUUAGUGAAAUGUGGCCUAGAUGAAGUUAC